AUGUCCCUCUACCAACACCCCGUAGAAUACCUCUCAGAUCGCGACGACGACUCGGACUACUUCCGCAACGUCCACGGUAGGGCUCUCAACGCCCUCAACGAGCGCUACAUGCUCCCCGUCGACCAUGAUGAGGUCAAGCGCUCGGAGCUCCAUCACCGCAUGAUGCAGUUUGUCUUCAAUGGCAAAAACUACGUCGGCCCGGUCUCAGAGGUCCUGCACGGCGGCCACCAGCGCAGAGUACUCGAUCUCGGUACAGGCGGCGGAUGUUGGUCGGUGGCAAUCGACAUUGCAGAUGAAUUUCCCAAAGUAGAGGUCGUCGGCGUCGAUUUGGCCCCAAUACAGCCUAGAAGUGUCCCACCGAACUGCACAUUUGAACUUUGUGAUCUGGACCAAUGGACCCUGCCGUACCCCGACAACCACUUCGACCUUAUACACGCGCGAUCAAUGCAUACCGGGAUUUCGAAUUACCCCCGCCUCGUCCACGAGAUCUCGCGAAUCCUGAAGCCUGGCGGUCUGGUCAUCCUCAUAGAGCCAGACCUUAUGCCAAUAGCAGACGGUAAACCCGCCGAUGAGUUCGGACUUCCUGGUUGGUUCGCAUUUUGGCAGACAUAUCGCGGAUGCUUGAAGCAACAGGGCAUUGACACCACCGUUCCCAGUCGUCUUCCUCAGUUUCUUAGCGCAACGAAGGCCUUCCAUCAUAUCGUUACCCAAGACGGUAAUAUUCCCGUCGGAUUUUGGCCAAAAGAUCCGCUAUUACUUACUGUAGGCCAACUCGCUUGGAUGGAUUGUGAUCUCUUCAUACCCGCCCUCAAGCCAUUAUUCCUUCACGCUGGCCUCCCCGAGUCUAAAGUCACUAAACUGAUCAAAGAAGCUCAGCAAGACCUUUACUAUCCCCUCCUUCAAAUAUCGUGUAAAUAUCACAUAGUUCAUGCUUUCAAACGCAAUUGA